CCUGCGAAAACUAUUGAUGAUAGAAUAAAAUAAUGUAUUACGAAUUUGUAGAGCACAUUAUUAUUUACAAAAAGUGUCGCGACAGCAUAUGUCUAACUAUUAUAGCUGUGCCGCAAUAAGUGUUCUUUGAAUCGUUGAAAUAUUUGUUAAAGACCCGAGCUGAGCCGGAGCGGGCCGCUAGUUAUUAAUAUUAGUAUUACCGAGCACAAUCUGCACAAUAGACUAUUUCAUUUCAAACGAGGCAUAGAAAUCGCGCCACACCUCGCAGAGCUUGCGCACGCGCAGAAUUCGAAAUGUCACGGCUUCAUUCGGUGGCCGACCGCCGCGCGAUACGCACGCCUAUUAAAUGUUAACCGCCGACUUUCGUGUUUUCAUCGAAUUCUGGUGGAUUCUGUUUUAUUAUUUUAUAUUUUUGAAUAAGAUCGUAGAUUCGGUUAUCCGAAGUUUAUUAUCGGGCUUAGCGAACAUGUGGGAUCUGGACGUUGAAGACGAUUGAUCGAAAAUGUUCUGAUAAUAUUGUUUUAAUUACAUAGCGUAACAUUAAUUUAUUAUUUAUUCAAUCUGUGAUAAUAGUUUUUAAGUGUUUUGUUUUUGUGAAGGAAAAUGACAGAACAGUCUGGAGUUAUAACGAUACAUCAAAUGCGUCUUCAUCGUUGUGAGGGCUGCCUAGCGGCGUGCGGCAGAGAACGCCGCGCCGCCCUCUCUUCAACCCCUAGACCCCUCAUCAGGACUAAGCUAUUGAAACGAGCGAGACGUAAUCCGUACUCGCCUCCGCACGCAACGACAAAGGAACACUUCCCAGCCAAGAUGGCGGAGUCCGCACCGCCCACGCCGCCCGACAAUAACGCCCCACCGAUGCCCUGGUUCGGCAUGGACAUUGGGGGCACGCUGACGAAACUGGUCUAUUUCGAGCCCCGCGAGACGAACAGACGCGAACUCGACAAGGAGACCGAAGUCCUGAAGAAUAUCAGGAGAUACUUGACGAGGAACUCGGCUUACGGGAAGACCGGGAGAAGGGACGUUCAUCUGCAGAUGGAGAACGUAACGAUAAGAGGCCGCAGGGGCACGCUGCACUUCAUAAGGUUCCCGACUUCGGAGGUGGGAGCUUUCCUCCAGCUGGCCCGCUCUAAGGGCAUGGCGGAUCUGGUGAACACAAUCUACGCGACAGGGGGGGGCGCGUACAAGUUCGAGGAGGACUUCAUUAAGGAGGUGAAUAUGCGUCUCUCAAAGAUGGACGAACUAGACGCUCUGAUCGCGGGCGUUUUGUACGUGGACUCUAUGAAUCCGAGGGAGUGCUACUAUUGGGCGCCGCCAGACGAGCAGCCCGUGCACCAGCUGCCCAGCGACACGCCUCCUUACUUGGAAGCCGCCCUUAGUCAAUACGUUCGCAAGCCCUACGACUUCUCCUGUCCCUACCCGUUCCUGUUGGUGAACAUCGGCAGCGGAGUGUCCCUGCUUGUGGUCAACGGACCGGACAACUACUACAGAGUCAGCGGGACCAGUCUCGGCGGGGGGACGUUCCUGGGGCUGUGCUGUCUGCUGACCGGCUGCAGCAGCUUCGAGGAGGCGAUAUCUCUGGCGGCGUCCGGGGACAACACCACCGUGGACAAGCUGGUGCGCGACAUAUACGGCGGGGACUACGCGCGCUUCGGCUUGCCCGGGGACCUGGUGGCCAGCAGCUUCGGGCAGAUGUGCUCCGCGGACCGAAGGGCCAAGGUGUCGAGGGAGGACCUGGCGCGGGCCACGCUGGUCACCAUCACCAACAACAUCGGCUCGAUAGCGAGGCUGUGCGCUUGCAACGAGCGCGUCGAGAGGGUUGUAUUUUGCGGUAACUUCCUACGAGUGAAUCCGUUGUCGAUGAAGCUUUUGUCGUACGCCAUGUCCUACUGGUCGAGGGGAGCUUUGAAAGCACUGUUCUUGGAGCACGAGGGCUACUUUGGGGCCGUCGGCUGUCUCCUGCACCUCGACGCUGAGAACCACAAGAAGCUGCGGAACCGCACGCCACCGACGGGCGACGCCGCGCACGCAGACAGGUGAACCUGAACUGACAGCUGUCAACUUGACGCACGUCAAAACCGACGUUUUUUGACAUUUGGGUUAUUAUUUUAAUGAUUAUCGUUAUGUACUACAUAUUAUUAUUAUUAUUAUUUUCCAUUAAUUUUAAUUAUGGUUGUGGCGUUCGUUGUCGUCGCCGUCGGGGACGCGAGACGGUCUGGGUGUUUGAAGUGCUCUCAAAAUUUGUAAAGAUAAUGAUAGGUCUUUUUUUUGGUGUUUAAAUAUAAUUCGGGUAAAAAAACAAACAAAGAAUAUUUUUCUCCUACCUACGCCGAAAGUUUGGUUUUCGUCCCGCUGUACAGGGAAGAAAGUGUAACUUUUCUCCCUGGGUACAAGUGCGCAUGCGCAUUAAGUGUCUACGUCUGCUCUCAUGGACCUAAAAUUCUCCGCCAUUGUUGUGCUCGGGUAAUUUGCAAUAUUGUGUUUAGUGUAAAAGUGAAAUAAACAAAAGGCAAUAAAAUUUAAUAGUGAAGUAUUAAACAAAGAUGAGUUCAUCAGAAAGUUCUUAUUUAAUUAGUAGUAGUUUAUUUAAAAAUAUAUGAGUGUGGGGAGCUUCGCCCCCCCCUAUCCCCACAGGGGCUUCCGGCCCAUUACUCCACGAACUUUCGGCUUGGUAGGAGAAAAAAUAGUAUGUGCACCACGGGAAAAAAGUUGGACAUUUCCUCCCACGUGUAAAAUUGGACAAACGUGUGGAGGAAAUGUCCAACUUUUCUCCCUUGGUGCACAAUGUACUAUUUUCUUGCUAUAAGAUUGCAAUAGAAGCUUUAGUUUUAACAAGAAAAGGAAUUUAGUCAUGUCUCGUGCGCUCUUGCGACGUUAGCUGCGAGUGCGAGCGUGACGGAAGUCGACUAUGAAACGAAAGAAAGAAACUUGCCAAGAACGAUUGUAUUGAACAAAUUAUAUUAAUUGUUGUUUAGUGUAGCUAAAGUCCGAAUUGUUCUCAAAAAUGAUUAAAUGUUGGCUGCGAGUGUAAUACAUGGAAAGUACCAACUUUUUUAAAUGUAACUAAAUUGCGUUUCUAACUCCAUCUGUCGGUCGGGGGGCGUACUAUAAGAGAAAGCUUCUCUUUGAUAGGAGAGUAGUAGUAUCUUAUACAUGACUUUAGUUGUAACGAUGCUUGUCUUUCAAUGAAUAUAAUAUAAUAUAAAUACAAUAAAUACUGAAUAUCUGUAUAUAAAAUGUCAACGGAUAAAUACAAGAGUCGUUCGCGGACUAGGAAAACUAUGGAGCAUUCGUAAACCAUCAAAAUAAUAAAAUGUAAAAGUUUGUUUUACAAUAAUAUUAGUUCCUGAUUUUAAUCAUUUUUGAAAUUUGAAUUCUGUAUAUAGAAUAAAGUUUACAGGGUAAACUGCACUAUUAUUGACACACCUAGCUGUGGUGUAUUCUUUGAUGGCGAAAAAAUCAAUCAAAUAUUUAUAUAAUUUUUUAGUGAUUCAUUUUUUUUUUGUUAGGCUAUCCAUUUAGAUUGACUAAAGGAACGUAAGGCAUACAGCCUAUAUAUUUUACUAAUAGAACGAAGCUAUUUUGUAUGUUAUACAAACUAUGGAAAUGGAAUUUCAUUGAGGCAAACAAAAAAAGUGGCAAAAAUACUGAAACUCAAUUAGAAUUUUCCGAAGAAAUCAAAAUAUUAAAAACAUCUAUACAGGAAAGAAUAAUGGAUUAAAGAAAUAAAAAAAUAUAAAUUAGUUUUCAGUAUCAUAAGGAUUCACACGAUAUUCGAGUUGCCAUUGUGUAAAGUUUUGCUACCAGCAAACAAAAUUAAAAAAUAAAUAAAAUUAAACCCCUUUGAUAUUUUAUAUGAGUGUGCUAGUAAUAGUCCGGCUUACCCUACACGGAAAAAAGAAAUUAAAAAAAUUAGCCUAAUGACUGAUACAUGUGUUAUUAUAAAUAUAACAAAUAAAUGUAUGUAGAAAAAUAUUUACGAGUCGUUGAUUGAAUUUAAUAGUGACGAGAGAAAAGCGUUAUGUAUAGUAUAGAUAAUGGUAAUAUUUUAAAACAUCAGAGGCAAAGGGAUAUAAUUGUUUUGUGUAAAAAUUAUAGAGGUUUAUGGAAUUUUUGUUUUUGGCUCCGUUUUUACUGGUGAUAGGAGUUCAUGUGAGUCCACACGGAUAGGUACCACCACCCUGCCUAUUUCUGCCGUGAAGCAGUAAUGCCGUUUCGGUUCUAAGGGCGGGGCAGCCGUUGUAACUAUACUGAGACCUUAGAACUUAUAUCUCAAGGUGGGUGGCGCAUUUACGUUGUAGAUGUCUAUGGGCUCCAGUAACCACUUAACACCAGGUGGGUCGUGAGCUCGUCCACCCAUCUAAGCAAUAAAAAAAAGCCUAAAACAAAACGAGUGCGAGAACUUCUCGUUGCUACUCUAGGGAAAAGCUUAAAGCAUUUUCCAAUUGAGCUUUUCCUUUUUUCAAUCGCUUUUAUUGAAUUUAACCAAUGACUAGAAAAUUUGACAUUCAAAUUUCGCUGUUGUUUCAAUUUGUUUGAUGUUAAUAUCAGAAAUGUUUAUAUAGAUUCGUUGGGCGUAUAUAAAAUGUUUUACAGAUAAAUAUUUAAAAUUAUGAAGCAAAAUAUUGUUGUUACGGUGCUUGCGUGAAUAUUCUAUCGAUUUUCUACCAUUUUGGGUGAAUAUUCUAUCGAUUUUCUACCAUUUUGGUAGUAUUUCUGUUUUGUUGGUUGUUGUUGUUGUUCACGAUUUGAAUUGACUGAACUAAUCGACAGUUGUUUAUGACAAUGACAAUUGAUUCUCGAACGUGUACGUACAUAAUUAUGUCUCUUAUUUACGCACAUAAUUCUGCAUCACAUUUUCAACUUGUAUAAGUCGAUCACAGUAUAUAAAAGUUUCAGUCAAUCAAUUUUUAUUAAUUUCGAAUGUUCUUAUUUGAAAUCCGUAUUUGGUUACUUGUAUCUGUUUAAACUGUCGACGUUAUUAUUAGUUUAAAAUGAAAUAUGUGAAAAUCCUAAACCGUACAAAUAUAUAAAGAACACUCUACGCUUAUUUAAUACGAUAAAUGGUUUUGGUUAUUACGUACUAAUACUACUGUUGGGGUAAAAUUGGGAAUGCACUGAUCUAUGUAUUAAUGGGGAAGCACUGCUCUUGCUAGGGCUAGUGUUAGCAAAUUGACUAAAUUAGAGCCCCGUGAGCUCACCUAUUCGUUGGGUUACGCUGGCUUAAGACCUCAAGAUUACCAGCAUAUGUUUUUUUUUGUUGGUCAGUAGGAAAUCGCUGGAGUUCCGCCCUCCACUGGGGUUGGAGGGUGGGGAAUGUCGGAGUCGAACCGACUAAAACCUCCUGUCGCAUGACCCGAACCUCGCAUGAGACAGAACUCGUGAAAAGGCAAAGGGGGAAAGUGAAGCGCUUAGUGCGGAGCACAUUUCUCCCAUCACCCUCCCCCUCAACCAGCAUAGGUAGGUAAAAAAUAUAUUUUUUCUCCUACCGACGCCGAAAGUUCGGUUUUCCUCCCGCUGUACAGGGAAGAAAGUGUAACUUUUCCUCCCUGGGUACUGACAAGUGCGCAUGCGCCUUAGUGUCUACGUCUGCUCUCACGCACCUAAAAUUCUCUGCCAUUGUUGUGCUCGGGUAAUUUGCAAUAUUGUGUUUAGUAUAAAAGUGAAAUAAACAAAAGGCAAUAAAAUUUAAUAGUGAAGUAUACACGCGGCAGGAAAUGUCCUACUUUUCUCCAUUAGUGCACAAUGUACUAUAUUUUUUCGUAGAAUGGGCCGAUGUUUUUAUUAUUUAUUGACAUAUGGUGGGUAGUCGUGCAAAGAAAUUGCGCAGCAUGAAUGUGUGACAGUUGCGAAACAUCUUCACUCUUCCUAAGUCAGACAACGCAUGUGCUCUCAAUGACACCUCGACUCUGCCGAAGCGCUCCACCCGAAGUAACCUGAUGCUUGACGAGUGGUUGUGGCCCGCGUCCACUAGAUGGCGCGCUUUCGCUUUGUUUGUCGUGUCCGGAUGCGACUUAAAUAUGAAGACACGAGUGGAUAAUUUUUUUUUGUUAAAGGAUUUUAUGACCACCAGGUCAUAAAACUUAAGACCUUUAGGUCAUGUCUUAUUUAACUUUAUAUUCUUAUUUUUAUGAAAAAUGGUAAUAUGGAAUGAAAUGAAAUGAAGAUGAUUAAUUUGAGACAUUAAUCGACUGGGAUGAAAUUAUAUGAAAUGAGAUGAGAUGAUAUGGGAUGAAAUAUAAUCUUAGUAAAAUGGUGGUAUUUGCUGAGAUUUUUUUCAGUGGACUUUUUGGGAGGAUCCCGAGUAGUUACGUCCAGCGGCUUUGUUUCAUUUUCCCACAUUUGUGCACACUCAUAGAUACUAAACAGUUAAUAAUCCACCGUUAUUACACAUUUAAACCUGAAGAAACACUAAAUAGAGAAAUAAAACAAAUCACACAACUUCUCUCCUUGCGUUCCCGCCAAAAAGUCCUGAGUGGAUUAGAUUAGUUAUAGAUAAGCAACUCAGGCACUCAACAAAAAUGUUUACGGGUGUCAGCCACUAGAUGGCUUCGCUUCGAUUAGUUUCUCAUUCCUCUUGUAGAUGGCAGUGACAUAUUAACUAUCCUAUACUUUAUUUUUAAUGAAGGAUUUGGUAAAUUUUCAGAAACCACCAAUUGAUAAAAUUUAAUCAAUUUGUCUAUAACAAAUAAAGACUUGUAUGAUUUAUUAAUUUUUUAUCUUCUGUGUUAAUUUAUACAAUAAUUAAAUGCCUUAGCUUUAACAAAAUAUAAGUUUAGGGGUACCCGCUUACAAGAUGUCGCUAGUUUCCAUAUAGAAAAAAUAUUUCUUAAAGUAUCGCAGUUUUAGGGCUUCUGACAUUAUAAGGUGUUAUGUGCCUGUAUAAACCAUAUUAGACCUUAAAACUCGGGAUUUAAAGGCUAUUUUUAGAAAUUGCAUGCAAUGAAGGAGUUUUAUGUACGAAGAAAAAGUACAAUUAAAGUUUGUUGCCCGUUUUGUCAAAAUUAACAAUAGUAUCAUAUCCCCUUCAUCCACUCAUGUCUUCAUAUAUUUAUGGGUCGUAUUUGGUAAGUUCUUGUGCGAUCGUUUCGCGGGAAAUACAUUUUCAAUAGGGGCUUUUCGUUAUCCGUAUUAGUGAGAUGGUUGUGGUAGUUUAUUGGUGGUAGGACGUGUUGUGAGGCCGCGCGGGUGGGUACCACCACCCUGCCUAUUUCUGCCGUGAAGCAGUAACGCGUUUCGGUUUGAAGGGUGGGGCAGCCGUUGUACUGUUAAAAGUGAGACAUUACAACUCGUGUUUCAAGGUGGGUGGCGGCAUUUACAUUGUUGAUGUAUAUAAUAUCAGGUGGACAGUGAGAUCGUUCACUUAUUGACGCAUUAAAAAAAAAGAUGGCUGUAUAAUUAUGUAUGUGAUUGAUUGAAAAUUUAAUGUCUCCAAAUGAGUAAGUAGUCGCAUUCACAUAUCGAAGGGUGGAAAGCUAUUUUUUUUAAGCGACAUUUAUCUUUGUAAUUAUAGGUUUAUUCGGUAUUAGCAUCAACGGUUCGAUGUUUUUAAUUGAACUUCUUCUUUUUUUUCCUAACUAUGCUGAUAGCCUUGAGAGGCUAUUUCAGCUUCUCCUCGACGUGUAGGUGAGCUCACGGGGCUCAAACCGGGAGUUUUUCUAACACUGGCCCUAGCAAGAGCCGUGCUUCGUAGAAUCUACCACCGGAUUGGAAACGCGACCCACUGAGAAGAUCCGGCGAGAAACUCAGUGGGCUGUGUCUGUGGGUUAAUUUACUCGUCGAGCCCUUCGUCGCAAGCGACGAGUUAGCGCGAGCAGUGACCGGUGCUUGAGGUACCUAAAAGCACCGUUAAUGGAUCGGUAGGAUCCGAAAUGACGUGUUUUGGGCGACGUCGACAACUUCAAUUAAGUUUACUGCCUUUGAAAAAUAGCUGAAGUUUUUUUGUGUUAUGAUAUUUUCUCAAAAUCUAUAUACGUAAAAUUGAAUUGCUGUUCGUUAGUCUCGCUAAAACUCGAGAACGGCUGGACCGAUUUGGCUAAUUUUGGUCUUGAAUUAUUUGUCGAAGUCCAGAAAAGGUUUAAAAGGUAGAUAAAUAUGAAAAUGCUUGGAAUUAAAUAAAAAUAACAAUUUUGUUUUUCCUUUGAUGUGUCCCCCGUCGGACGGAUUCCUUUUGUUUGUUUUAAGUGUAUUUUAUACAAAAGUUUAGGUCUUUUAUUUAUCGAUUGAGGCACUACGAAGUCUGCCGGGUCAGCUAGUUUUAAAUAUAUCUCCAGUAAAUUUACAAAAAUGUCGCUUACACCAAACACUUCACUUUCCCCCCUUUGCCUUGUCAUGAGUUCUGUCUCAUGCGAGGUUUGGACGUUGGUUGUUGAGCGACAGGAGGUUUUAGUCAGUUCGACUCUGACAUACCCCGCCCAGUAUCCCCAGAAAAGGGCGGAAGCCGGCGAUUUCCUUCUGACCAAAAAAAAAAAAAAACACCAAACAGCCUUUGACGCAUCGAUAUUAUGUGACAGUUGUCUUGUCUCAAUUUGGUACGCACGUGCGAAUAAAUAUAUUCUUAAGUAAUUUAACUUUUUGUUCUGCAUAAUGUAUGUGUUAUAAUAUCAGGGUUACUAUUAUUAUUAAUAACUAUUAUAAUUAGAUUUUUUUUUGUUUAUUUAUAUCUUUUUUUUAUUUUUUUUCGGUGAAUUGUAUGUACGGAAUUAAUUGCGAUUAACGUGAUUAUUGCACAACGGCUGAUAUAUAUUUUUUUGUAUUAAUUUAGAAAUAUAUGAGAAAAAAAUUA